AUGUCUUUACCAAGAUUCCAAAAAUCAAACUUUGGGACAUAUGAUAAUUACAUUCCAGUCAGUGAAGUAAGCAAAAAAUCAUGGAAUCAGCAGCACUUUGCCCUACGAUUUCCCAAACCACCACGACCAGGACGAAAAAGGAGAUCAAUACCUUCCCAACUAAGAGACCAAUCACUUACUAAACAUGAUGCGGAAAUAAAAAAGGAGGGAGGCCAUAGACGACCACUGUGGAUGCACCGUUCUUUAAUGACAAUUUCUGAGAGGCCAUCUGAAUAUUUAGCAGCCAGGCGGCAACCUCCAACUCAAGUCAGCCUAAAAAAGGAGGAGGCUAAAAAAGAACCUGCGCCCCCAGUUUUUAAGAAAGAUGAAAUCAAGAAAGAAACAGCACAAGCAGAACCCAAAACAAAGCCAAAAAAAGAUAAGGAUGUACCAGUAAAAGCAGAAACCCCAAAAGAUGUUGCAGUUAAAAGCGCCCCAGAAGAGAAGGGCAAGGAUUCAGGUAUAGAAUCAGAAUCUGAGAAAAGUUCAAAGAAUGGUGGGAAAUCGGAAAAGAGAGCUUCAAAACGAAAGCCAGUAGGCAAGGAUUCAGGUACAGAAUCAGAACCCGAGAAAGUUGUAAAGAAAGAUGCAAAAUUGGAGAAGAAAGCUUCAAAAAAACAGACAGCAGGGAAGGAUUCAGGUACGGAAUCGGAACCCGAGAAAGGUGUAAAGAAAGAUGCAAAAUUGGAAAAGAAACCUUCAAAAAAAAAGACAGCAGGGAAGGAUUCAGGUACGGAAUCAGAACCCGAGAAAGGUGUAAAGAAAGAUGCAAAACCGGAAAAGAAACCUUCAAAAAAAAAGACAGCAGGGAAGGAUUCAGGUACGGAAUCGGAACCCGAGAAAGAUGUAAAGAAAGAUGCAAAACCGGAAAAGAAACCUUCAAAGAAAAAGACAGCAGGGAAGGAUUCAGGGACAGAAUCAGAACCUGAGAAAGGAGAUGCAAAGAAAGAAAAGAAAGGGUCAAAGAAAGGCAAGGAUUCUGGUGCAGAAUCAGAACCUGAGAAAGGAGAUGCGAAGAAAGAAAAGAAAGGGUCAAAGAAAGACAAGGAUUCAGGGGCAGAAUCAGAACCUGAGAAAGGAGAUGCAAAGAAAGAAAAGAAAGGGUCAAAGAAAGGCAAGGAUUCAGGUGCAGAAUCAGAAAAUGAGAAGAAAGCGGAAAAGAAGCAAGCAACAAAAGAUGAUAAAAAUGCUGAGAAGGACAAAAAGUCAAAGAAAGACAAGAAAAAGGAGGAGAGCAAAACAUCUAGUGCAGAUAGUAUAUCCAAGGAGAAUGCCAAGAAAGAUGCCAAGAAAGAUGCCAAGAAAGAUGCCAAGAAAGAUGAUAAGAAAGCUGCAAAUCCAGGUGAAUCUCCAAAGAAGGCUUCAAAGAAGAAAAAGUAG